UUUUCGGGUUAGCUCGGGAAAUAUCUCGUUUUCCGCUUUUUCUUCUUCUUGCUCUACGAGAGAGAGGGAGUAUUGAUGGCGCAAUUGCAGAGAGAAACGGCGGAGAUGAACCUUUCGGAGGCCAAGAAGAACCGCAUUCAGGUUUCCAACACGAAGAAGCCUCUCUUCUUCUACGUCAAUCUCGCCAAGAGGUACAUGCAGCAGUAUAAUGAAGUGGAGCUGUCGGCUCUGGGAAUGGCCAUAGCUACAGUUGUCACUAUUGCUGAGAUUCUGAAAAACAAUGGACUGGCAGUGGAAAAAAGGAUUCAGACAUCCACCAUCGACAUGAAGGACGAAAGCAAAGGCCGCCAUGUUCAAAAAGCAAAGAUCGAGAUACUGUUGGGCAAGACAAAGGACUUCGACAACAUGAUGACACUUAAAGCAGACCAAAAUGGAUCUUCCACAGAGAUCAGCGCGUCAGAAGGCAACAAGGAAUGACAAUUGGGAAAGAUUUGGGGUCCUGCUCGGUAUGCAGGCUUCUUGUUUGUAUGUAGUCGUCAUUUGUCUACUUGAAUUUCUGUAGUCUCGUUGUAGCACUGUCGUACUAUUUGCCCUUGAUUUUCUGUAGGUAUGCAGUCAACAAUGUAGUUUGAGGUCUCUUGCUUUCUCUUUGUUUAGGGGAAUGGGAAUGCCGUUGGGGUCUGAAGCCCUUGUCUUCUUCGGGUCCUCUAGGGAAAGAAAAGGGUCUGCAGUCUGCAGAGAGAGGCUCCUGCAAUGUUGAAGAAUAGGGUCGAUAGUAUGAUUUCUUUGCUUAAGUGAUCUGUUGCGAAUGAACUUCUACGGUCAAGUUCUAAAACUCGACAAGAUAGUUGUACUACA